AUGCAACCUCUCAUUUUGGUAGUAUUUUCAAUCUUAGGACUUAAACAUGUUGUAGUUACUAAUAAUGUAAAUUUCUCACAUCCUACUUUGACUUUCUCAGUUAAUGCUUGUGAUGGUGUGAAACAAGGAUACAAUGACCAUGGAAACGGAAAAGAUAUUGACAGCCAAUUAUCAAACUAUGGAGUAAUUGCUACCGAUAGUAAGUUUACGUUCGACUGUUGUGGUACUAUAAGAAGAUGGCGUGCUACAGCUGGUGGCCCAGGAGAAGUAGAUUUACAAGUAUGGCGACCAACUGGCAAGGAAAACGAGUUUAGACUGAUGGGACAGAAUUCUUUGACAUUUGAUAAAGCUGGAGGUGUGGUAACAAAUAUACCAGAGGAAAAUAGAAUUUCUGUUGAGAAAGGUGAUUAUAUGGGAUGGCACACAAAAACGAGUGGUACGAUUAUUUUUGAUGAUGGCGGAAGUGAUGGAAAUUACGUAUUGCAGUCUAUGCCGGGAGCGUCAUUUGGAGCAAUAGUUGAUUGGUCGGCUGCGACAAGGGUCGACAAAAGGUCAUACUCCAUUGAAGCUAUAGGAAAUGACAAUAUGCCACCUAGUUUUAAGAAUUUACCACACACUAGCAUCAUUUCACAAGCUGAUAUGUAUGAUCUUGCCCAGCAACCGACUGAGGUAUUCCUGAUAGAAGUCACCGAUACUGAUGUACACGAUAUACCUGGGUUGAAAGUGGAAGUAUUCGGAUUUGAUCAAUACUUUCAAAUAGAGAAUACAAAUAUGGUUGUAAUUGUAAGUGCACCUCCUGUAGAUACUUAUGUAUUGAAAAUAAAAGUAACAGACCAUUGUGGCCUCAACAAGACAGAACAAUUGACUGUAGAAAUAAAAGACUUCGGUACUACAACUAAAGGUCCAGACGAACCUGUUAACACAGCUGCUUCAUCAGGGGAUUCAGAAGAUUUUGAAUGGGAUUGGCUGAUUGGUGUUAUAAUUGCAACAAUAAUUAUUCUGGUAAUAGUAGCACUGCUUUUCUUUUUCCGAAAGAAAGGAUGGUUGAAAAAAGCUCACAGAACUGCUCCUAAAAGAAAACUAGCAAAGGACGAAGAAAUGGAUAAUGGAACCAAAACUGAUUCAAAUAAUCCCUUAACACAAAAUUAAGACAAUUCCAGCAUUAUGUUAAUCUUGUUAACAAAAAUGUUUGAUUUUCUGAAGCAAGAUUUUAAUAGUAC